GGUAAAGAUUGGGUAAUGAAACAUUCUGUCCAGAAAGGAGGCAAAGGACUGAGUUUGGACCCAUUUUGGGCAGCCUGUAACGAAGCAACAAUGUCUCCUGUCCUACUCAUCUUCUGGACAGUUGCUCUAGCCCACACUAUCCUUGCAGGACGUGUCUGUCCCAGACCACCUGAAAUACCAUUGGCUACUGCUGACAUACAGAAGGAAGAAUUCGAUAUCGGAGAGGAAAUUACAUACCACUGUGACCCUGGUUAUGUGGCUCAGUCAGGCUCAAGGAGGUAUACAUGCCCCAUGUCUGGUAGAUGGCCUAUUGUUACAUUUAGAUGUAUACGCACCAGAAAUCAAACACAGGAGGGUCUCAGACAUGCAAAAAUAGCAAAAAAAUGUCACUACCCUGGACCUUUGGAAAAUGGAGAGAUCCAACACACAGGCUUCAACUACCAGAGUUUUGUAAGGUUUUCGUGUGAUCCCGGGUAUAUUCUUCAAGGGAAGAAAACUGCCCAAUGCCUGGCAGAUGGACAGUGGAGUGAAAAAUUACCCACAUGCCAACCUGUCGUUUGUCCUCCACCUCCAGUUUCUGAAUUUGGAGCCCUGUCUUACCUUAAACUUGUGCCUGGAAAUGUAUCAGUCUUCCAAGAUGUAAUCAAGUUUGAGUGUUUGCCACCUCUUGCUUUGUUUGGAAACGAAACAGCCAAAUGUCUGGCCAGUGGAAACUGGAGUGAACUACCUGAAUGCAGGUCUGUAGAAUGUCCAUAUCCAGAGCAAAUAGAAAAUGGAUUUAUAAACUUUGCUCUUCGUCGUACUUACAAAUACAAAGAAACUGUGCAAUAUGGCUGUAAUCCUCCAUAUGUACUGGAUGGAGGUUCAGCAUCCAGUUGUGAAAAAACAGGGACCUGGUCAACAAAACCAGCUUGCAGAGCACCAUGUGCCAUACCAGUAAAAAGGGCUACAGUAUUAUACAAUGAGCAGAAGCUGAAGGUGCAAGACCAUCUCAGGGAUGGAAUAAAACAUGCUGAGACCAUCUGGUUUUUCUGCAAAAAUAAAGAACAGCAGUGUAGUUACACUGUACCUACUCAAUGCGUAGAUGGCACUCUUUCGGUCCCUGCCUGUUUCAAAGAACGUGGGUGGUUUUCAAACUUGGUGAAAACAGAUGUAGCAGACAUGACACCAUGUGAGAACAUCAAUUGAUGAGGAUAUCUCCAAGUGUUGUUUGGAAAAAAAUGCAGAUGAAUGGUACAACAGUUCCUUCUAGAUAAUACCUACAUGCAAUGCAAGCGCAAUCCUACCAGCGUAUUCUAAACUGCCCCUUUAAAGCAACUUUCCAUCAAAAUUGUGUUUAAGCUACAUCACCUUGUGCUAAUUUUGUCCUCAUUCUUUUUAAGAAACAUGCUUUUAGCCUGUCUACAGGAAAUAAACAAGUAGCAGCUAAUGUACAGUUGAAAAGCAGCAUGAACCAGCAGUGGUUUAUUGCUCUGCUAAUGUAACUAGGGUCUCUCUUUGUGGCAAAUCAGUUUGAGUUAUGAUGUAAUGACAUAAUAUUACAGAUGAUGUAAUUACAUAAUAUUGCACUAUUAGGUUUUAAAUAAUUUUCUUGAUGAAAAUGUUUUUAAUUUGUGAGCUGGGCUAGAAAGGGCUAACAACGAAGGGAGCCGACUACUGUUUUCUCCAGACUUCACCCAACACAAGCACAUCAGGUAUCUGCUACCUGAAUGAAAAGGUGGUCUGCUGUAGCCUUGUGGAACGUAACCCCACCCAGGAGCCUGCAAUGAUAAUUGUUCCUUGUAGCUGGGCUAGGAGAAAAACAUCUGGGUUUUGAGAGAUCACUCUCAUCCCUGUGUAUCUUGAAAGACAUACCUGUGGAAGGCUCACAGUGUUUGUCUGUGUGUCUAUCCAUGCUUCCAGGUGCACCAUGUGCUAUGCAGGUGUCAGCUGGCUAUUUUUUAGAUUAAUGUGGAAACAGUCCCCAGUUCUCUCCAGAUCCUGCUGUCCCUGGGAGCCUGGUCUGAUCAGGAUGUUGGCUAAAUAAGCAAAUGCAUGGACCACCUAUUUCCUCAGGCCACAACUGCUACCAGUACAAAUACCUACCGGUACAUGAAUACACUCGGUGCUGCACACAAGCCAAAUCAAGAGAGUUGUAUUCAUAGUGAAGAAGAGAAUAAUAAUAAUUUGGAUUUGAUAUCCCGCUUUAUCACUACCCUAAGGAGUCUCAAAGCGGCUAACAAUCUCCUUUCCCUUCUUCCCCCACAACAAACACUCUGUGAGGUGAGUGUGGCUGAGAGACUUCAGAGAAUUGUGACUAGCCCAAGGUCACUCAGCAGCUGCAUGUGUAGCAGUGGGGAAGCGAAGCCGGUUCACCAGAUUAUGAGUCCACCGCUCUUAACCACACCACCAUACUGGCUCUGAAGUCCCUGGUAUGCAAAUCUCACAUACUGGUGAUGAAGCUGAUGAAGUGGUAUGUGAAGACAGGCCUCUGUGAGAUCCAAUGUGGUUUGGGGCUUUCCGGUAUUGUCUUUGACCCACUUUAGAUUCAGAAUUGCCCUCCAGUCCCCAAUUUCCUGGGAAUGGUGACUAGAAUGGAAUAGCAGGCAUGGCCCUGGGAAAACAGGCUCUAUCAUUAAUAUGCUUCUCAGAUUCCUUGAUGGCAUCAUCUAGUAUUUCUGAAGCCUUUUGGACCUGAGGGAGGAGAAGGAAUAAGGUGGGAAAAUUGGGCAAAUUCAAACUGGUGUCCUUCUCUGACAAUGGUCAGGAUCCAUUAAUCCCUGUUGGUGCUGAGCCACCAUGAAGCAAAGUUCUGGAGUUCUGGUCAGGCCUGUAGCUGGUGCUGUGGGUCUGAUGCCUCCCCACCCUUGUGUCAAUGAAUUGUUACGAAUUGCUCCUGUAUCCACAAGCCAACACAAUAGGAUUAAGAAACGAAACAUGAAAAAGGACAAUAAUAAAGUAUGUGCAAAUCAAGCGACUUAAAAUGUACCAGAUACCUAUCAGAACAUCUGGGAGGGGGGAGAGAAAGGGAACAAUUAUCUAGAUAUUUACAAACUGACAAACUAGCACAUACCUCCCUGGUGAAAUCUACUUCUUUUUAAAACUAUGUAUUUUUUGUUAUUAAAGAUUUGCUUGGGUUACAAAGCAAAAUCUACUCCCAAUACUGUGUAAAUAAUACUUAAGAAUUUAGUAAGAAUGGUUUCAAGCACAUGCUUUUUCACUGUUUAAAAUAUUUUUCUGUUUCACAACAGAAUACGUCAAGAAACAUGCAUGAGGAAUGGCUCAAAAUAUCACAAAAUGCUAUUUGGCUGUUAUAUCACAGCAGGAUUUAGGUUCUGUCAUAUUAAUUUUCCAGACAAGAAACUUGAGGUUUUCUUGAAUUCUACUUACCCCACCAAUGGUGGCUCAUUCAUUCUACUUAGCAAUUAAUUUCCAAGGUGGAUGCAUUAAAGCGCUUAAAACACUAUUCUUCCAGAGUAAAAUGAUGGUAUUUUUGUAAUUAUAUCUCUUGGCAAGUAGAAUAAAAAUUAUUACCCCAAAGCCUCUGAAGCUGUGAAAUGAAUUUUGUGACUCACAUUUCAAACAUGAAAGGUUUGCGCAGAAACCCUGAAAUAUUGUACUGUGACUAGAAGUGUUUUCAAGAGUUUAUUAUGAUGAAUGAAGCCUGCCUUUUUCUUUGUAGACAACUGAAAGAGUGCCUCAAGCUGUGCUUAUGCUUCUUGUGGCAACCUGCUGUCGUACUUGCAAAGAUAAGAGAGCAUGGGGGAAAACAGGUUUAAAAAAGCAGCAAGCUACAGUCUAUCUAAAUGAAUAAUUUUUUACAAUUCAAGUUGUGAGUUGUAUCACAUUGUGAAUUUGUACAUAUUCAACC